CUGCCAACAGAUCAGCCUUAGCUGUGGUCUGUAUAAAUAAAGUUCAGGAGUGACACUUAAUUCUGGACUCUUGGAAGAUCUUUAACUAUGAGAUCGAUCCUGUUUUCUGGUGCCCUUUUAGGGCAUGUCUACUGUCGAGAAACAUCUGUAGGCAAAAUGAAGAAAUGUUACUUAGAGAAAAGAAUGGAAUGGUAACUUCAACUUUGAAACAUCUUACAUUGGAAAAGGCUCCGUUGCUGAACUCUGACCUUGCUACCCACAACCCAUUGGAGAGCUGUGCUUCAUGGCUGCCACCGAUGAUAAAAAGCAGGGACACCUGGAUACUCUUACAGCCACCGUGGAGUCUCCCAACCUGCCAAAUGCUCCUAGACCUGAUAGCAGCCAAGUCUUGUGCCAUCUCUCCUGUUUUGUUGGUAUGAAGAAACCCCCCUUCAUCUGGAUCACCUGGACAGUGCUGCACUUGCCUCUGUGACACAGAACUUUUCUUGGGGGGCGGGGGCGGCAGGGGAUCUGCACUGAUUUGCGAUAUUUCCCAAGAAGUGGAUAACCUCGGUUGCUAAGCACCCUAGUCUAGGGAGCAAACUGAACACUGGCUAUUCUUUUAAAAAACCGGCCCAUGAACAUGCUUCAAGGAGUUUAAGAAAGAAGAAAGAAAAGCUCCAAGUACUUGCCCGAGCCGCAUUUAAAACCAAAAGAGUUCUUCCCGUGAUGCGGGAUGACGGGCAACUAAAGGCAAAGACAACUGCCCAAAAACCGAGGCAUUUUUAAGUUCAGCACGGGAGGGAGGACAUACGCCGGGAUCCAAGCCUGGAUCCAAGCCCGCCAGUGAGUUACACAAGCUACUGUGCUGUGGACUGCAAAUAAGAACCUGGAAUCAGCAACAACUCUUGGCUCCAACUCAUACCAUGGACCCAGUGCCAACUCUGAAGUUGAAGUGAAAUCCACAGUGGACUUCAUCAAGAGUCAUGGAAAAGUCAAGGGCUUCAUUACCUUCCACAGCUAUUUGCAGCUGCUGAUGUUCCCCUUUGAGUAUACAUGUGCCAAGUCACAUAACUCUGACGAGCUGUUAAGUUUCUGAAACUUCAUUUCAGCUUGGAAACAAACAUCCAUGGUGUGGACAGAAGAAGCAUUUGGAACUCAGAUAAGUGAUUGCCUUAGAUCACUUAUGAUGACCAGCUGAUCAUGCAGAAUCAGGAUUGAAUCUAAAGCCAGGAUUUGGUGCACUGUGGAGCUCUUAGUGGGAUUAUCUGUGUCAUGUGGCCACACAAAAGGGGUCAAGAGGCUUGGCCUGUAUCACUCAAAAGGAAUUGAAGAGGCAUCAAAGACCCACCUGAUGUACUGUCAGAGUUGGAAGGGUCCUUGGAAAUCAUAUUAGCAUUUUUGAGGACAUGAGUCUGCCUCAGACUCCUUAUAAAUAGAGCUUUACUCAACCACUGUAUGACUGGCAUCCUUGGAACAUGAAGUGGAUACUCUUCUUUGGGGCCCUUAUUGGCUCUGGCAUCUGUGACCGAGAAACAUUUUCUGGGCACCAAGUUUUCAGAAUUAACGUCAGAAAUGGAGAUGAGAUCAGCAAACUCAAUCGGCUAGUGAAUUCAGACAACCUUAAGCUCAACUUGUGGAAAUCUUCCCCUGCCUUCGGUCAUCCUGCAGAUGUCCUGGUCCCUUCUGUCAGUCUGCAGGAAGUCAAAUCCUUCUUGGAGGACCAUGGCUUAGAGUACUCAGUGGCUGUUGAAGACCUGCAGACUGUUUUAGAUACUGAAGAGCAACAAAUGCAACACAAUGUACAUCAAGAACUGAGCAGUAAUUGCUUUAACUAUGGGGCCUAUCACACCCUGGAAGCUAUUCACAAAGAGAUGGACAACAUUGUCAAAUAUUAUCCUCACUUGGCGAGCACAGUGACGAUUGGGCACUCAUUUGAGAACCGAUCAAUGUAUGUACUGAAGUUCAGCACUGGAAAAGGGAGACAGCGGCCAGCCAUUUGGCUGAAUGCAGGCAUCCAUGCCCGGGAGUGGAUCUCACCAGCCACGGCAAUCUGGACCGCGAGAAAGCUUGCAUGUGAUUAUGGGAAAGAUUCAGUCAUCACCUCCAUCUUGAAGAAAAUGGAUAUUUUCGUGUUGCCGGUGGCCAAUCCUGAUGGAUAUGUAUACACUCAUACUCACAACCGAUUAUGGAGGAAGACACGGUCUGUAAAUCCUGGAAGCACCUGCAUUGGUACUGAUCCAAAUAGAAAUUGGAAUUCUAGUUUUGGAGAAGUGGGAUCUGCUGCCGACCCUUGCUCUGAGAUAUAUCAUGGACUCCAUCCCCAUUCAGAAGUGGAGGUGAAAUCAGUGGCAGAUUUCAUUAAAAAACAUGGGAACUUCAAAUGCUUCAUCGACCUGCACAGCUACUCACAGAUGGUGCUGUAUCCAUAUGGCUACACAGCUACGAGGGCCCAGGAUGCUGAUGAACUGGAUAUGGUGGCGAAGAAUACAGCCAAAGCUCUGGCUACCUUGUCGGGCACUCAGUACCGAGUGGGUUCUAUCUUCUCCAUUAUCUAUGCAUCUAGUGGGAGUACUAUUGACUGGGCAUAUGAUAAUGGCAUCAAGUAUGCGUUCUCUUUUGAGUUGAGAGAUACUGGGGACUAUGGCUUCGCUCUGCCUGCCAGCCAGAUCAUCCCCACUGCACAGGAAACCUGGCUGGGGCUGAAGACCAUCAUGGAGCAUGUGCGGGACAACAUCUAGAAGAGCCUCGUUCUGUCUACAUUAUAUAUCCCCUUGUGCACACAUACAGAGGCCCUUAUUAAAGAGAGCUUAUUCCUUCACACAUGAAUCGGAGUCUUCUGGCUUUGUAGAGAACACAGGUCAGCCACCUGCCAGCCCCCUUCCGUGUAUUUUGUGCAUUCUGGCCGUGUGCUGAGAGAAGCACUUCUGCUAACCUGCUGUGUUUUGGUUCUGCCGUUUCACCGAGCUCUCUGUAUGCCUUUCCUUCCACAUAGCUGGAUGGGCAAGCCACACUUAGGAUCAACCCUUACUGAGUGGCAUGUCUCUACCUCAUUUUUAGAUCAAAAGGCGUGUGAAAUGGUUUUCUAGUUUCAUCUGAUCUAGCCACACCCAUGGCCUUGCUCUGGUGGGAGCCCCAAGGGAAGCGCUGUGGGAGGUAAUGUUUGUCUUUCAGACUGGUCUCACAGAUGUCACAGAACUUCCUUUAACUGAUCUCACUCCUCCUUGAACAUAUUUUUCUUUGAAAAAUAGAUCCCAUAAGUUCCUCAGUACAGGUCAUCCCCUUGUUUUGUUUUUGUUCGCUGUUAGUCUGAAUAUAAAAUAUAGACUCACAUGUCAUCACUGGGUCAAAAAUUCCCAGAUAUUACAAUUCUGAUCACAUUCUCCCCUUUAUUAUUCAGUGUAACUGGGAUGCAGAAAGUGAUCUGUGUCCUUAUAGGUACUGCUCACUCAGAAAGCCUGGAUUAAGUGCUAAUCUAAUAUAAUAGCAGGAUAGCUAAAUUAUCCCCAUGUGUCCUGAUGGGCUCACCUCUACUUUGCCUUUUGAACUUACUCCAGAGAUCUUUCUCUCACCCUUUUGGUCCUAAAUCACUCCUCUGGCUUGGGUAAUCUUGCCACCCUUGCACAUCCCUAUUUGUUUGCUGGUGUACCUUGUGUUUCCUUCUCCUGGUUUUCAUUUUUUGGUUUUGAUCUUUAAAGUUGCUUUUUCUAUUUUGUAUCCUGGACCUUGAGUAGCAAGGUGGAGCAGAGAUUCAUCAGUCAGGCUCCUCUUGUUACAUUUUUCCUUAGCAUGUACCAUCUGCCUGUUUUAUUUUCUCUCUCUCUCUCUUUUUUAAUUUGCUCUUUUCAAACAUGUCUGUAAAUCUUACCCUUCUGCCUAGGAUUUGUGCAGCAUCUGGUAUGUGCUCAUAAGCCAA